UCGGCGCCGCCAAUAAUAGCAUAGCAGAAGCAAGUGGCCGCCCCGUGCCGUGCUAUCGCGCGGGUCAGCUCAGCUGCGACACUCGACGCCUCCCGAGAAGAUGGACAGUGGCGACGAAGACAGCGUCCUCGAGGGCAGCGUGGGCAGCGGCAGUGGCAGCGGCAGCGGCGAUGGCGACGCAGACAGCGACGCCGUGCAGCGGGCCUGCGCCGCCUGCCCGCAGGACAUCCUCGACUGCAUGGAGCGCGCCGGCUGCGGCGAGCCGCCCCUCGCCGCCUUCUUCACUUACUGGAGGACCUUGCUGAACCAAGAGGCGCGCUUCCGAGAGCAGCUGUCGGAGCUACAGCAGCGCAACGAGCGGCAGCAGCAGGAGGCGAACGCGCUGCGCUUCCGCAUGGAGGAGCUGUCGCGAGACGCCAUGGUCAAGGGCGCCGGCAUGGACCGUCUUCAGGCUGAGCUGGAGGCAGCGAAUAAGGACUCAGAGAGUGUCCGCCAAAAACUGCGCCAGCUGGAAAGUGAACUCACAACUUACAGACAACAAAAUGCAGAUCUUCUGGAGCAACUUAACCAGAAAACGACAGAAGACAGUGAAUCCACAAAGAAAUUGGAGGAAAAAGUUAAAGAGCUGGAAGUUCAGCUCAAGGAUAUGCAGCAGGAACGUGAUCGUUUGGAGAAGCUUCGCAUUCAGUUAGAAGCAGAAAGAGAAGAGGAGAUGAAAAUUGUUCAAGAGGCACUGGAUGAGGCACAACAAGAGAAGGCUGAAAUGCAAGCACAGUUUGAGAAACUUCAUACGGAGACAACCAAUAGGGAACAACAAAUGCUUGAUGACUUUGAAUGGAAGCUGCGAGAAGUAGAGCAAGCAUGCAAAAAACGCUUAGUUGAGAAAGAGCAAGCUUUUGAAGAGAAAAUCAAAGAAACUACAAAGAAAUUGGAACAGCAGCAUAAAGGAGAGAUUGCAACUCUCAAAGCAUAUGAAGCAGAGGUACAUCAGUUAAGAGGACUUUCACAUGAGCAACAAAGAUCAAUGAGAAAUGCAGCAAGACAGACAGAAGAGUUACAAGUUGCAGAGAAAAUGCUGAAAGAGGAAGUAGCUCGCCUGAAAACAGUUAUUGAAACAGAAAAAAGUUAUGCUGCAACAAUCCAGAACAUUCAUGACAAACAUGUCGCAGAGGCAGAAAGGAAACUUCAGUCACAACUUCAAAUCCAGAGGAAUGAAAUUAAUGCUCAGUGGGAAGAACGGACGCAGCGUGAAUUUUCACGUCUGAAGUCAGAAAUGGAAAAGGUUCAUAAUGAAGAAAAGAAAGUGGCAAUACAGUCCAUUAGGAAGCAGUUAGAAGAUGAAUUACAGAAAACAAAGGGCGAUCUUGAAAAGAAGUUACAGAAAAGUUUGAGAGAGGUUGAACAAUUGAGAUCAAAUCUAGCAGAAAAGGAACAAUAUUACCAGAAGGAAAUAGAAAAAACCCGAACAAAUGCAGAUAGAGAUAUCUUCGACCUUCGUAGAAAAUUGGACAAAAUUGAUAUGGCAUACCAGGAACAAAUGGAAAAACUGACAGAAAAGCAUGAGAAGGAAAUUGAACAUUUAAAUGAGGAAGCAGAACGGAGGGUACAACAAGUGGAGCAGAACUGGCAGUUACAAAUAAGUUCAACAAGAGCUACUCUUGAGUUAGUAAAGGAACAGAUGCAACGCGAUGCAGAUGAAAGGAUGGAAAGUCUUAAAGAAAAAUAUCAGCAGCAGCUAGAAUCCCAAUGGGAAAAGCUGAAUAAUGAGAAAGAAGAUGCAAUAAAAUCCAUGGAAGAGAAACAUCAAAAUGAAAUGAAACAGUUUAGAGAUGAAGUAGAGGAAAUGAAAAAGAUGUAUAUGACAAGAGAGAAAGAAUUGAAUGCUGCAAUUGAGAAUCUGCAAUUGUUACUUGACAAGAAAAAUAAAGAUAUUGAUGAAUUACAAAGGAAUGUGGAUUUGUUUGAUGGUGGUCUCCAGGUUCUAAACAAAGAGAUUUCCACUCAAGGGAAGGAAAUACUUCGUGUGAAGACUAAAGCACAAAACUGUAUAAGGGAGCGUGAUGCAAGACUGUCAGAGCUGAAGGAAAAAUACGAAAAAGAAAAGGAACAAUGGAAUAAACUGAAAGAAGAAAUGCAGCAGGAAAUAAAUGUUCUGAGUCAAAGGCUCCAUACAUCCACAGAUUUGCGGAAACAGCCUAUUCAUGAAGAACAUGAAGAAGUGAUAGCAGAUCUCAAGAAAGUUCUUGCAGAGCGUGAUAAUGAACUGAGGUUACUGACAGAGGAAAAAAGAUACUAUCAAUUGCAUUUCAUGAAAAUGCUCAAAGACCAAGAAGUAAUAUGUAGUCCCCAAAGCGUGACAGGCAUUUUAGAUCCACAGCAAGAACAGUGCUGCCGCAAAGGAGGAGGCAGUCCUGAAUUCAAUAGCGGCAUGACCACCAAUGUAUUGCACUCUUCUUCAUUACCUCUUGUUUCUGAGCACUAUGGUCGAUUUACAAAUCGGUCAGCAUCUACAGAUGCUCUGACUGAUGUUAUUACUCCAAUGAUAGGUAGUUGACAAGUUUUAUUUGUCAACCAUUUUGAUAUAUAUUCUUGCAAGUGCACUUACAGUACUAUAUUGUGAGAAUGCCAGUGCAAUUUUAUGCCAACAGUAUGGCAUCUUCAGUGUGUUACAAUGUUUUAGAGGAUCAUUUCUUGUAAUAUUCCUGCACUUAAUUUUUCAGAACUAUGUUCUCUGAAGAACAUCCCUUUAGUGACUGUUAUGUCUUAGUUCAUUAUGAGAAGAAUGGUAACAUCACUGAAGAUUUUUUGAAAAACUCUGAUUUGUAUACAUGUUAUCAAUAUAUGUCAAAAGUGUUGUGAGAGCAGCAGACAAUAAAAUAUGUCAUGAAAAUAAAAUGGUUAUUAAAUAAUAAG